CGCGGAGUGCUCGGGUUGCGAGCUGAGGACUCGGAUUCGCGCGGAGCUUCCCGCGGUCUGCUUGCCCUGGAGCGGAGGGGGAGCCCCAGCCUCCUGCGGCUCCGAGAAGCUUCCCCCUGCGACUUCCGCGAGGAGACGAGUCUGCGCAGCGUGGUGGCCGCCGCCCCCCGACCCUCUGCGCACUCCCUCCCGCUCCGGCGGCUCAGCCUAGCCCCGUUCGGCCGGCCGAGACUAUGGACACAGAGGAUGACCCCUUGCUGCAGGAUGUGUGGCUAGAGGAGGAGCAGGAGGAAGAAGAAGCAACGGGUGAAACCUUUUUAGGGGCCCAGAAGCCAGGGCCCCAACCUGGGGCAGGGGGACAGUGUUGCUGGCGGCACUGGCCCCUGGCUUCCCGACCCCCAGCCUCGGGCUUCUGGAGUACCCUGGGCUGGGCCUUCACCAAUCCGUGCUGUGCUGGGCUGGUGCUCUUCCUGGGCUGCAGCAUCCCCAUGGCCCUGUCAGCCUUCAUGUUCCUUUACUACCCACCGCUGGACAUUGACAUCUCCUACAACGCCUUUGAGAUCCGCAACCACGAGGCCUCACAGCGUUUCGACGCUCUCACUCUGGCGCUCAAGUCCCAGUUUGGAUCCUGGGGGCGGAACCGGCGCGAUUUGGCCGACUUCACCUCCGAGACGCUUCAGCGCCUUAUCUCAGAGCAGCUGCAGCAGCUGCAUCUCGGCAACCGCUCGCGGCAAGCCUCCCGAGCCCCCCGCAUCAUCCCAGCGGCCUCACUCGGUGGCCCAGGCCCUUACCGGGACACUUCCGCGGCUCAAAAGCCCACAGCCAAUCGGAGCGGGCGACUUCGGCGUGAGACCCCUUCCCUGGAGGAUCUGGCAGCCAACCAGAGUGAAGACCCGCGAAACCAGCGGCUGAGCAAGAAUGGGCGGUACCAGCCCAGCAUCCCGCCCCACGCGGCAGUCGCGGCCAAUCAGAGCCGUGCCCGCCGAGGCGCCCCGCGCUGGGACUACUCGCGCGCCUAUGUGAGUGCCAACACUCAGACGCACGCGCACUGGCGCAUCGAGCUCAUCUUCCUGGCGCGCGGCGACGCGGAGCGCAACAUUUUCACCAGUGAGCGCCUGGUCACGAUCCAUGAGAUCGAGCGCAAGAUCAUGGACCACCCAGGCUUCCGGGAGUUCUGCUGGAAGCCCCACGAGGUGCUCAAGGACCUGCCGCUGGGCUCCUACUCCUACUGCUCGCCCCCCAGCUCGCUCAUGACCUACUUUUUUCCCACCGAGAGGGGCGGCAAGAUCUACUAUGACGGCAUGGGCCAGGACCUGGCGGACAUCCGGGGUUCCCUGGAGCUGGCCAUGACUCACCCUGAGUUCUACUGGUAUGUGGAUGAGGGCCUCUCUGCAGACAAUCUGAAGAGCUCCCUCCUGCGCAGUGAGAUCCUGUUUGGAGCACCCCUGCCCAACUACUACUCAGUAGAUGACCGCUGGGAGGAACAACGGGCUAAGUUUCAGAGCUUCGUGGUCACCUACGUGGCCAUGCUGGCCAAGCAGUCUACCAGCAAAGUCCAGGUUCUCUAUGGGGGGACAGACCUGUUUGACUAUGAAGUGCGCAGGACGUUCAACAACGACAUGCUCCUGGCCUUCAUCAGCAGCAGCUGCAUUGCUGCCCUGGUCUACGUCCUCACCUCCUGCUCAGUGUUCCUGUCCUUCUUCGGGAUUGCCAGCAUUGGUCUCAGCUGCCUGGUGGCCCUCUUCCUGUACCACGUGGUCUUUGGUAUCCAGUACUUGGGCAUCCUGAAUGGGGUGGCCGCCUUCGUGAUCGUGGGCAUUGGUGUGGACGAUGUCUUUGUGUUCAUCAACACCUACCGCCAGGCCACCCACCUGGAGGACCCACAGCUGCGCAUGAUCCACACCGUCCAAACUGCAGGCAAGGCCACCUUCUUCACCUCCCUGACCACAGCCGCCGCCUACGCAGCUAACGUCUUCUCCCAGAUCCCAGCCGUCCAUGACUUUGGCCUGUUCAUGUCUCUCAUCGUGUCCUGCUGCUGGCUGGCCGUGCUUGUCACCAUGCCUGCAGCCCUGGGCCUCUGGAGCCUCUACCUGGCACCACUGGAGAACUCCUGCCAGACCAGCUGCCACCAGAAUUGCAGCCGGAAGAGCUCCCUGCACUUCCCGGGAGACGUGUUUGCUGCUCCCGAGCAGGUUGGAGGCAGCCCCACCCAGGGCCCCAUACCCUACCUGGAUGAUGACAUCCCCUUGCUGGAGGUCGAGGAAGAGCCAGUGUCACUGGAGCUGGGAGACGUGUCCCUGGUGUCUGUGUCCCCCGAGGGUCUGCAGCCAGCCUCCAACACGGGCAGCCGCGGCCACCUCAUUGUGCAGCUGCAGGAGCUGCUGCACCACUGGGUCCUGUGGUCAGCCGUCAAGAGCCGCUGGGUGAUCGUGGGGCUGUUCGUCUCCAUCCUCAUCUUAUCCCUGGUGUUCGCCAGCCGGCUCCGCCCCGCCAGCCGGGCACCGCUACUCUUCCGGCCUGAUACCAACAUCCAGGUGCUGCUGGACCUCAAGUACAACCUGAGCGCCGAGGGCAUCUCCUGCAUCACCUGUUCAGGUCUGUUCCAGGAGAAGCCCCACAGCCUGCAGAACAACAUCCGGACGUCCCUGGAGAAGAAGAGGCGAGGCUCAGGGGUCUCCUGGGCCAGCCGGCCUGAGGCCACCCUGCAGGAUUUCCCAGGCACCGUGUACGUCUCUAAAGUGAAGAGUCAAGGCCACCCCGCUGUCUACAGGCUCUCCCUCAAUGCCAGCCUGCCUGCUCCUUGGCAGGCUGUGUCGCCUGGGGAUGGAGAGGUGCCCUCCUUCCAGGUGUAUAGAGCGCCUUUUGGUAACUUCACCAAGAAGCUGACCGCUUGUAUGUCUACAGUAGGGCUGCUCCAGGCGGCGAGCCCCUCCCGCAAGUGGAUGCUGACGACCUUGGCCUGUGAUGCCAAGCGGGGCUGGAAGUUUGACUUCAGCUUCUACGUGGCCACCAAGGAGCAGCAGCACACCCGGAAGCUGUACUUCGCCCAGUCCCACAAGCCCCCCUUCCACGGGCGCGUGUGCAUGGCACCUCCUGGCUGCCUGCUUAGCUCCAGCCCCGAUGGGCCUACCAAAGGCUUCUUCUUCGUGCCUAGUGAGAAAGUGCCCAAGGCCCGUCUCUCGGCCACCUUCGGCUUCAACCCCUGCGUGAACACGGGCUGCGGGAAGCCGGCGGUGCGGCCACUGGUGGAUACCGGGGCCAUGGUCUUCGUGGUCUUCGGCAUUAUUGGCGUCAACCGCACUCGGCAGGUGGACAACCACGUCAUUGGAGACCCGGGUAGUGUUGUCUACGACAGCAGCUUUGACCUCUUCAAGGAAAUUGGGCACCUGUGUCGCCUCUGCAAGGCCAUCGCAGCCAACUCCGAGCUGGUGAAGCCGGGUGGGGCCCAGUGCCUGCCUUCAGGCUACAGCAUCUCCUCCUUCCUGCAGAUGUUGCACCCUGAGUGCAAGGAGCUGCCCGAGCCCAACCUGCUCCCGGGGCAGCUGUCCCACGGGGCAGUGGGCGUCAGGGAGGGCCGCGUGCAGUGGAUCUCCAUGGCUUUCGAGUCGACCACGUACAAGGGCAAAUCCUCCUUCCAGACCUACUCGGACUACCUGCGCUGGGAGAGCUUCCUCCAGCAGCAGCUGCAGGCCUUGCCCGAGGGCUCAGUCCUGCGCCGGGGCUUCCAGACCUGCGAGCACUGGAAGCAGAUAUUCAUGGAAAUUGUAGGGGUGCAGAGCGCCCUGUGCGGCCUGGUGCUAUCCCUGCUCAUCUGCGUGGCCGCGGUGGCCGUGUUCACCACCCACAUCCUGCUCCUGCUGCCCGUGCUCCUCAGCAUCUUGGGCAUCGUGUGCCUGGUGGUGACCAUCAUGUACUGGAGCGGCUGGGAGAUGGGGGCUGUGGAAGCCAUCUCCCUGUCCAUCCUCGUUGGCUCCUCCGUGGAUUACUGCGUCCACCUGGUCGAGGGCUACCUGCUGGCCGGAGAGAACCUGCCCCCCCAGCAGGCCGAGGACGCCCGAACGCAGCGCCAGUGGCGUACGCUGGAGGCCGUGCGGCACGUGGGCGUGGCCAUCGUCUCCAGUGCCCUCACCACGGUCAUCGCCACAGUGCCCCUCUUCUUCUGCAUCAUUGCCCCAUUUGCCAAGUUCGGCAAGAUUGUGGCACUCAACACGGGCGUGUCCAUCCUCUACACGCUGACCGUCAGCACCGCCCUGCUGGGCAUCAUGGCGCCCGGCUCUUUCACUCGGACCCGGACUUCCUUCCUCAAGGCCCUGGGUGCUGUGCUGCUGGUAGGGGCCCUGGGGCUGGGUGCCUGCCUCGUGCUCCUGCGGAGCGGCUAUAAGAUUCCCCUGCCCGCAGGGGCCUCCCUAUAGCCCGGGACGGGCUCUGGACACUUGCACCUUUGGUCCCAUGGGUGGGGGACAGGAGCUGCUUCCCAGCUCGGCUUCAGCUAGCUGUGUCCCCAGGCCUGGGCCCAGGACGCCCUGCGGACCAGCGUGGAGGCUGACACCCACACAGAUGGUGUGGACCAUGCUGCCUUUGCGGAGCUGGGAGUUGGAGACAGCCGCCACCCCACAGGCCGGGCUACUGGCAGCCACACUCGGCUUUUUGUCCAGUGGCAGAAGAGACCAGCCCUCCUCCCAUGCCCGGUCACCAUGGGGGUCAGGUUAUUUUUGUAGGGGGUCUCCCUCUCACACUGCCUCAGUGCUCACAACCUUCCAGUGUGGAUGUUACAGGGUGGCCCCCAUUCUACCGAUGUGAAAACUGAGGCACCAGGACACAGUGGCUGCCCUAUCGCUGGAUCAGUAGCAGAGCCAGAGCUGCCUCCGAGCUCCAUGCCGCCCUCGGGAAUCAUACAGGAAGCGCACAGUGGAUCCAGGGUGGGGGCCUCUCACCCCCUACCCCCGCCCCCCCCAAAACCCUCCCCUUCAGCUUUACGGCGGCCAGUGCUGAAUGGCCCUGUGGCCCUCCCUGGGCCUUUUGGUCUUGGCCAGAGAAGACAGAAGGACCCGGCUUGGGCUUCUGCAUGUCCUACCCCAGACCCCAGCCUCAAGGGGCCCCUCAAAGGCCCUCUCUGGGGGCUCUGGGGCUCAGCACAGCUUUCCUCAUGGAUCUAAGCCCCCAUCUUUCCCACCUGACUCUGAGUGGAUGUUUUGGGGGAUGGCCCCUGUGGGGAGGAGCUGCCGUGCCUGCCGCCUGCUCACGGCAGAAGGUUGCUAUUAAAAUGACAUAGGAUUGCA